CAGUUGCUCACUCCUCAGUCCUCCCUCGGUCCCUCUCCCUCCCUCCCCACUCUCCACCCCCGGUCUCCGAUUUCCCCAGUUCCAGUUUCCACAGGACCCCAAUCGCGAAAUCUCCUCACCCGCCGGCAAGCGGACCGUCACGGUCGUCUCGUCAAGAGAGGACUUAAAAAGAUGGUGGCCAAUGGUGAUGCACCCGCCAGAGGGAGUGCAGCAGCGGCUGCAAGCCUGCGCAGGCGUAGAACCACGAGCGGCGCUGCUGGUGGUGGCGGUGGUGCCAGCUCAAUGCUCCAGUUCUACACCGAUGAGGCUGCCGGGCGCAAGAUGUCCCCGAACACCGUUCUGAUUAUGAGCAUCGGGUUCGUCGCCGUGGUUGCGAUGCUGCAUGUUUUCGGGAAGCUCUACCGCACCUCCAACUAGUUUUGCUGUUACCAUGCCCAAGAAAGCAGAAUCUGUCAAGAGAGGAACCCUGUAGGCUGUAGAGCGAAUGUAAUGGAUAGCAAGUGACUAUCAGAUUCUGAAGAGAUUUUGCUGUUUUAGAAGUUUAUACAACUUGCAACUCCGAGCUGCUAUAGUUAAA